AUGCGGGAUAAUGAAGGAGUAAGCAUAAAUGUUGACAUUUCUAAAUUAUAUCGAUUUUCUUCAGAACUCUUCGGAAGAUGCGUAUUCGCACCUGUUGGCCAUUCCUUAUGCCAAUUUCGAUGUUUCGAUAAGCGACAUCACCGAGGAAAAACUUGUGAAUGUAUGCGGAAUGUUUUUCGAUGAUUGUCUUAAAAUUUUGUGAUUUUAGAUCGGCAAAGCCAAUGAUAUCGAACACUUGAGCGCCGCCACUUUUGCUUCUCCAGCAUUUCCGGUCAGCGGAACGAUUCACGGUCUAAACAUGCGCUUUAUGGUUCCAUUGGUUUGCCAGCGCGCAAGUAUGCCCAAUGUAAAAACGUGUUGAUCGAAUGAAUGUAUGCAGAUGAACCGGAUUCGAAAGCCCUCGUCGUGUGGUUUCUCGUCGCCACUGGUUCGCCGUUCACAUGCUUGACGUCGAAGUCGUUGGAAGCGUUCUUGGGACCAGGAAAUGUCAAAAAUUCCUUCUAUUCUUUCGCAAUUCAAGUUAGUUUAUGUAGAAUUUGAAGGCCGCCUCCGGUGAAAAACGCUUUUUCUUCGGCGAUUUCAUAAAAGAAUAGAAUGGAAUAGAAGCCAACUAGAACCUCAAAUAAAACGCGUUUCAUUCCAAAUGUUUAGGACCAGGAACGCCGAAUCGAGUGCCGCGUUUCUAAAGGCAAUUUCAAGGCUGCAAAUAUCCUUGGAGCAGAUGCGAUGGAAACGUUGAAAUUGUCGAUCGAUGUGGACUGGAAGACGGACACGUUUAUGCUCGUGAAACAGUAAAUGCAGUCACGUUCUGACAAACUCUUCUGGCAAUGAAUAAAUGUUUAUAUGCUCUAGCACGGCGACCAAAAGUGUAGAAAGGGGCGUGGCCUAAUCUGAGACGCGUUUUUCUGAAAAUUGCCGCAAUUCCAGCACUUUUCCGAUAUUUUUGUGUUUGAUAUCGACGAAAGAAGACAUUAAAGAGAGAAAACAUUGAAAUUUUCGUGAAAACGCCGCGUUUGAGACGUUUUUGGCAUAUUUCGCAAUACGCUCUCCGCCGCAAUUUCUGAAUUUUCAUACCGGCCGAUCUGGAUAGUUUUGAGACGAAAUGAGUGUCGGAAGUGAUUAAGCACGUUAAUACACGUAUUUUAAGCGUUCAAACGGCAAAAAGUAUCGGCGAAUGACUGAAAUUCGCGCAUUUUCAGCACAAAACUUAAAAUCGAUUCAAUUGAUUGAAUUUCUGAAUGAAACCUGCUCGUUUUAAGCUCAAAAAGUGCGCGAUGUUUAGUUUAACAAAAUUAUGCAAUUACAUCGUCGUCGAAAUCGUACAAAAUUUGGGUAAUUUUUGGACGAAAAACAUGAAAAAUGGGGUUAAAUUUCGAAUUUCGCGCCAAAAUGGUGAUGAUAAACCGUGCACGCGCUAGGCCACGCCCCUUUCUACGUUUUUGGUCGCCGUGUGCCGUUUGAAGAAACUGAAUUCGUAAAGGCCACAAUUUUCAGCGAUGCUACCGGUCCCCUUCGUCGCUGCGAGCAUUUCCAUCCGAUGCGGCGGACCGUCGGUACGAUUGCUGGCGGACAGCUGUGCUCCUUUAAACAACUCUUCCUCGCUCUUCCUCUCCUUCUACUCUCCACCAAACGACAGCUGUCUUCCACUCCUUCUUUUUCCUUCUUCUCGUUCUUGACCCGCUGAAAGGGUCAUCCUAAAAUGAUACAAAUGUACUUCAAAUAAACAUUUCGUCGAAACGAUGACACUUUCUGGCAAUGCCUGGGCAAUAACGAUCGAAUUUUCAACAAAAAACCAUUGCGUUGUCAUUCAUUUUUUUUUGCGUCGGAAGGUCAAUCGGCAUCUGGAGAGUAUACUUUACAGCACAUUGUGAAGACUGAGCAAACAUUUGAGCAGUGGAAAAAGUUUGGCGCCGCAAAAAAUAGUGUCAUAGUACCAGUGACAGCUGUUUGUACGGAAUUGGAACACAACGGGUUGAGUCGAGGCACACCGGGUUUCAUCUCUUUUUUGCGGUUUCUAUGGGACUGUCACCAUCAGAUUGGGCGUUCAAAACAAGGGCCACAGGCAAAAAUCUCACUGUGAAAAGGUAUUUUAAAGCCGAGAGAAAAUUAUCCAUGAGAUCUUGAGGUUUUGUAUGAUUGCUCACUUCUAUCUCCUCAACCAAUAGAGAUAUCAAAAAGUUGUCAAUUACAAAAAUGAAGGUACAUAUUUAGGCUAUAAAACUUCAGUUGAACGCUUUUUGAUAUCUCUACCCGUUCGCGAGUUAUGGUGGUUUCCAAGGUGAUCACUUGAGUUGAGCCGCAAAAUGUGCUCAUUGACCCCCGAAUGAUCCGCUAUUACGCCGUCGGGCAGAUGUGCUUUCGCAAAAAUUGUAAACAAAAAAACAUAGGAGAUAACCCUCUGAAUUUGAGCAGAAUACCACGCGAUGAGCCCGAGUUUGAAGGUGAAAGAAGAGCUCACAGAUACAUGGUAAACGGAUCCUUCUCACAAUUUCCAAUAUCUUUGAAAAUCAAUCAAUUUUGUCAAUCCAGACGAAUCGGUCCAAUUAAUAUUAUCCAUCGAAAAGUCCAGAUGCUCCUUCAGUCAAUCCAUCUUGCACUUUCACUUUUCUGACAACUUUUGCGAUCUUGCUCUCCUCAGAUAUUGUGCAACAUUCCGAUGAUUCAUCAGGCUCUUUCUUGCCGCGCCGAAGCUCCGCCCCCACCCGACACCGCCUGGACCCUCCGGCUGCGAAGAGCUCGGCUCGGAGCCACCAGCUCAUUCUACUCGACACGAUGCGUUACGCACUGGUCGCCUGUCUUCUGCUGCUCGCCGUCGCCUCCUCGUUCGUCGAUGCCAAGGUUAGUGGAAGGUGUUCGGCCACCGCAAAUCUAUAGAUGUCUUUUGAAAGUGGUAGUCUGUUAGACAAGCCUUGAAGGCCCAUUUUUAGUCUGGCUAGGCUUUUAUAACUUCUACCCGUACACUUUCAGACACUUUUUAGCCUUGUCGGCCUAACCUGUCCUUUUGUCCUUAGUCCUCAGACCUCCUAGACCUCAUUUGGUGAUCGAACAUUGAAAAUUGAAUAGAAGGUGCUUCGGAUGGGUCACGCCCUACCAAAUGACAUGGUUGUAAGCACCAUACUCGGGCCUCUGGCUCUUUCAGACUUGUCAAGCAGAUCCGGAAAGUUCUCGAAGCUUUGCUCUUACUUGUAACGUCUUUUAAGCUCUCUUAGACUGAAGACUGUAACAAAUAAGCUUUUAUUAGGCUUUUAAGGUCCUAAUCACAUAAUUCUGACAAGCUUUUUAGUCUUUCAACAGUCUACGGUCUAAAAUUAUAAGAAUCUGAAGUUUAGGGCCUAAAAUCUGUGGUUCGAUCUUGUUUAAAAGUUUAGCAAAACUAUAUAUUUGUUUUUGUUCAGAAAAAGGCAGCCGAUGACGAGCUCGGCGAUUUGCUCGACAACAUUGACGCGGAUGCUGAGGAGAAGAAGAAGUCCGGUCAGUUUGUGUGCUUUGAUUCUCAUUUCGCCGCCUCAAAACGCGAUCAAUCAUUUUCGAAAUGAAAUUCGCAUCAUAAACGUCGUUUCCAUCAUCGUUGCUCCUGUUGCAUUCUCUCGUCUUGCUCGGCGGCUCGGUCGCGAAGAAAGAAGCGAGUUUGUGUAAAAAGAGUUGUGAGCGAGCAGGAGAGGAGCUCCGCAAACCGUCAAACGGUGUAAAGACGGGGCUGUCGCUCGGCGGAAAUCCUCUUCUUCUUCUUCUUUCGCCUCAAUGUGCACUAAUAAUAUUUAUUGCUCUUUUCUCUGAGAGCUCAAGGCAUCCGAAGAGGAUCGGAAAGCAUGAGAUGAUAGUUUUAUGGGUUUGUUUGGAGAACUGGGGGGAAUGUUCGAGAAUACCUCAAAAGUUGGCGGCCUUGAAACUCAAGGGGUCCUUACUAGACAGCAGAGUUGAGCGGAAGAACACGGAAGAAUUUUUAUCUUUUUUAGAAAAUUUUUUCAUGGAAUGUGAUCAACUGACGAAAUGUAUAGCAAAGUGAACUGUGCUCGUAGAAAAAAAAUUGUAAAUUUAGCUUUUCAUACAAAAAAGUUAUACGAGUUGUUGCGUGAAAAAAGGGGGCUAACGGAACAACUCGAAUAACUUUUUUGUAUGAAAAGCUAAAUUUACAAUUAUUUUUUUACAAGCAGAGUUCACUUUGCUCUACAUUUUGUCAGUUGAUCACAUUCCAUGAAAACAUUUUCUAAAAAAGAUAAAAAUUCUUCCGUGUUCUUUCGUAGAUCUCUUCUGCUCAACUCUGCUGAAUUUAAAGAAACUUCGCUCACGUUGAGCUAGUCAAGGUCUAAUUUUUUAAUCUAGGGCCUAGAAACUCGAACCCAAACCUCGAGGGCCUAACUUUUCAUCUUACAGUGGAGCCGGCGAAGAACCCGUGCGAGGACCAUCAGUGCGGAUGGGGAAAAGAAUGCGUAGUGGGAAAGAAGGGCGAGCCGACGUGCGAGUGCAUCUCAAAGUGCCCCGAACUCGACGGAGAUCCGAUGGAUAAGGUGAGUUUCAGUCUAAAAACGUCUCAAACCCCAACAAUAUCCACAUAUCAGGUGUGCGCCAACAACAAUCAAACGUUCACCUCGCUGUGCGAUCUGUACCGCGAGAGAUGUCUGUGCAAGAGAAAGUCGAAGGAGUGCGAGAAGGCGACCAACGCGAAGGUUCAUCUCGAGUACCUCGGCGAGUGCAAGAAGCUCGACGAGUGCACCGAAGAGCACAUGGCUCAGUUCCCGGAGCGUAUGGCCGAUUGGCUGUUCCAGGUGAGCGGCAUGGACCUUCUUUCGAAUUCUGACCGAAUUUUGACGCCCUCGAAGUCAUCAUAAGCCCUACUUUGGACGUUUUCAGGUGAUGAAGGAGCUGAAGAAACGUCGUGAGCUGCACAAGCUCGAGUGGGAGGAGCUGCUCUCCGAGGCCGAGAGCGACGACGAGAAGAAGCACGUGUACCCGGUGAUCUGGAAGUUCUGCGAGCUCGACACCAAGCCACACGACAAGGUAAAACAGUUUUUGAGGAAAGCAAGUUGAAGCACCACCAUCCGAAACGUCAAAUUUCAGUCGGUCUCUCACCACGAGCUCAUUCCGAUCACCGCGCCCGUCAUCCCGAUGGAGUCGUGCAUCAAGCCGUUCCUCGAAGGCUGCGACGCCAACAACGACGGCAACAUUUCCAUCAAAGAGUGGGGAAAAUGUCUUGGACUCAAGGACGGAGAAAUCCAGGAGAGAUGCUAA